UAUGUAUAGUUAGAUUAAAUCUAGAUCCGAUAUCAAACUUGGAUUGAAAUUCAAUUCUAAUAGUUUCGUACUUUCAUUGAAUUUUGCCAAAGUCUGUAGUGAGCGUUACGGGUGUCGUUUGACUUUGAGCUUCCACGGAAGCAAUUAAAAAGAAGAGCUCCCAUUGAAGUAAGUUAUAAUGCCGUGAUCCAUGUGAACAAUAAUCACUUUGCAAUCAGCUAAGAAGAACCGGAGCUGUGAAGUUAAAAAUGUUUGAGUUGAAUCAUUCAAUUACGAAUGACCAUGUAUUUAUUCUCUGGUACAAAAAAUACAAACUAAUAAAUGCAAGGCACCUUUAAGCAAGGUCAACGCUUUUUGUCCUUUUUCAAAGGAAGAAGGGCAUUUUUCGUCUUCGAGACUACUUGGUCCAAUGAAAAGAAGCCACGUAUCCCAUGCAGGCGUGCUUCAAGUUCAAAUAUAGGAGGGAGGGUUCCCGCUGCCCCGCAAAGGCAGUGGUCUUCUUUGGUUUGACGGUGGCGUUGGGUUAGGAGGACCGGCCGGGAGUCCUCUCUCAUCUGUUCCUCCGCGAAUUCUUCCGUCCUUCACGGGGGAAAGAGGCUCUCCUGACCGGGAAGGGGAAAAGGGAGCCAGAACACCGACUUUCUGCAACUAUUUUUUCCAUAGUGUUGUAUCCCGUCCCGAGCGCCAUUGUUGGUAAACCGGAGUUCCGAUUCUCCUUCCUCUUGCUUCUCUCUGCAUUUCCCAUUCCCCGAACAUAUCCGAAGGCAAGAGGACGAUGGGAAGAGACGAGGAGAUGGGUGAGGCUUUCGAUGGCAACGUUCUGAAAGAUUGAGCUUCCAGUGACGGAGAAGAGACGACGGAGCUAUUUGUCGUGUAUGUUUCAUCUUGGAAGAAUAGGGAUAGUGCUUUGUCUUGGAUUCCCACAUUGCCGGGAGCCAAUUUAUGAGGAAGAGGGAGAGAGAGGAAAAAAAUAAGGAAGGUAAUUUGUUCUUUCCUAAUGGCCGAGAAAGAGAUGCUCCUCUGUUUUCCAUCUUCUUCGUUCUGAAGACCUAUUUGUCGUCGGAUUCGCGGCUGCUAGAGACCGGGAAGUCCAAAGGAAUUCCCAUUUUAGGAGCUCAGGGAGCCGUCUCCCUGGUCCUCGUCUCCUUUCUCUCCGAAAUUAGUGGCGAGAACUCGAGGAAGGAUGUCUGGCAAAGGUUUUGUGGAGGCAGCCGGAAAAACAAUCCGGAUGCCGACCGUUAUGGUGGCUAUUUUCGUGUGCAUCAUCCUCAUAUGGAUCUCUGACGGCUCUGGCAUCGAUGAAGGUAUCCGGGCGCUCCAGCGCUUCCGUGAUUUGCGAAUCGCACUUUCUCGGAACCUGAGAAACGACGAUGGCAGCUAUGAUGGCGAUGUUGGUACCGGCACCAAAGAUGUCUGCGCGGCCGAUAGUCUCACCGGAAGCGGCGACGUAGACAAAGAUAGAAAUACUAGCAAUGUUAAUGGCAGUGUGGGAUCUGGUGAGACAAGCGUUGUUCCGUGGAUAUCCAUCCCUAUCGAGAAGAACAUAACCGCGAGAGCCAUGCAGAGGCUCGGCAGCUCAUCCAGGGACCCUUGCCAGAAUGAGAAGACGACGAGGGUCUCUGUCUCGGGGCUGGAUGCCGGGUGGCCAGAGCUGCCCGCAGGGAAAAUCCACCGUUUUCUAUUGCGGACCUAUAGCGAGGCAGGGCGCCCUCGCUGUGCCGGUGGAGAUUUCUUCGAGGUGGAUCUCUCCGGCGAGUCCUGGAAAUCUCGGCCGCCUCUGAUAGACAAUGGCAACGGGUCCUACGCUCUCUCCCUUCAGGUCCACCCAGACUUCCCAGGAGACUACUCCCUCACCGUUCGUCUCCUCUUCCGGAGCUAUGAGGGAACGAAGUUUCAUCCCAAUCGGUUCGCCUACGAUCGCCUGAUGCUCAACACCACCAUCCGAUUCACCGCUAGCGAGGACACCGCUGCCCCGCCGGAGCUCAAGCUCUGUGGAGCUUCUGACUUCGACCGCGACGCCUGGUCCGGCCGAUGGACUCGCCUCGCGCGAAAUGACACGUGCGACAUGAACGACUCCGGGCGAUUCCUCUGCCUACCUUCCGACCACCCGUGCCGGGCGCCUUGGUGUGACGGCGCCCUCGGUACGCUCGAGAGCAAUGGGUGGGUUUACUCCGCCCACUGCGCGUUCCGCAUCUUCCACCGAGAGCCUGCGUGGCGGUGCCUCUCCGGCCGGUGGCUGUUCUUCUGGGGUGACUCCAACCACGUAGACACCAUCCGCAACCUACUCACCUUCGUCCUCGGAGUCCAGUCCGUCGAGUCCAUCGCACGCCGCUUCAACGAGACGUAUCGGAACCCCGCGGACCCGUCGCAGUAUGUCCACAUUACCAGCAUCUUCAACGGCCACUCGAACGUGUCGUUGAACUUCGAAGGCCUGAGUUCGCUGGAUCACCCCGAGUACCGCGACCUCCUCCGGUCGUACUUCGCCGGCAGUACCCUGCCGGACGUGAUUGUGAUGAACUCGGGCCUGCACGACGGGAUCGGCUGCAGGAGGGCCAGCGAGUUCGCGGAGAACGUGGCUCGCGCGGCUGAGUUCUGGGACGAGGUGCUGGAUGGCCGGCGUAAAAGGCCGUUGAUUAUUUACCGGACGACGGUGACGGUGGCGGGUUACACGAGGCCAUUCGCGUACAACCCUCAAAAGAUGGAGUUGUACAACGGGAUGGUUCUGGAGGGGUUCCGGCGGAAGGGGCUGGUGGGGAAGGUGGUGGACGCCUUCGACAUGACAUUUCCCUGGCACUACGACAACAACUGCAGCGACGGACCGCACUACGGCCGGCCGCCGGCGAAAAGCCGGUGGACGGGGGGGCAGAUAGGGCACCAGUACUUCGUCGACCUCAUGCUGGUCCACGUCCUUCUCAACGCCAUCUGCCCAUUGCCAACUCGGUAAACCCCCGGAGCAAAUUAGGAAAACCAAGAGUCUCGCUUGUGCUGCAGCUCACUCUGCAUAAUCAAUUCUUUUCGUUGUGAACUGGGCGCAUUAUUACUAUUAUCUUCCUCUUUUCUUUUCCUUUCGCCGGUGGAUGUUGGAACAGCAGAUUCGGUAUAAUCUGAACAAUGAAAAAACAAGUUUGGCAUGAAGGAAACCAACUGUUUACUGUAACAAAAUUUGGACUCUUGGUUUUGUAGCUUGUUAUUGUUGGUGGAGGUCCCAUAACUCCACAAACCAAAAAAGGCUUCCAUGAUCAAUUGAAAAGAAAGCAGAAAAAGUUGGGUAGGUUGUUUCCCGUCUGCUGCUGCUGGUUUUUACAA